UUUCUUCUCAAACAGAUGUGGAAUUGCCUCUUGGUCCCCUUUGCUCAACUUCCCAAAGCCAAAAGUAUGCUAGACAGUGAUGAAAGUCAAACUGGGGGCAAAUACCUUUUAAUCACACACUUGUUCUUUGUUUUGUGUGCCUGCCUAGCAAAAGUCGGAAAAUCCUUCCCGAUUAGAGCCAGACUAGCACCACUGAGCUGCGCUACACCAGUAUCAGCAGCAGUAUGGGGGAAGCCGAGGUGAUUCCAGCUGAAGACAAACAAGCAGACUCGGGAAUCGGUCCCCUCGAGGACUCGGUGGUAUGGAGUCAAGAGGUCGAAGUGUGCCUUUUCCAUGCAAUGCUUGGUCAUAAACCCGUAGGAGUUAACCGCCACUUCCACAUGAUCUGUAUCCGGGAUAAAUUCAGCCAGAACAUUGGCCGGCAGGUGUCUUCCAGCGUCAUAUGGGACCACCUAGGGACCAUGUACGACAUGCAGGCCCUGCACGAGUCAGAGAUCUUGCCUUUCCCAAACUCAGAGAAGGGCUUCAUGCUGCCUGAUGAAAUGAUCCAGGAUGUAAAAGAAGGUAAACUGGGAUCUGAGGAGGAGGUGAAGGAGGAGUACAAGGAGGAGCGUGACCCUCCUGCCACACAUGAAGAAGGCAGCAACUCGUCUGUGAAGAUGACUGAGCGUGCGGGCAGCAGAGACAAGGAGCGUGAGCGGGACAAGGAGAAGGGCGCCCCCGCCGACGUGUCCACGGGCAAGGAGGCGGAGAAGAGGAAGAGGAGCCGCGGCACGGAGAAGGCGCUCAGCGCCAGCAGCAACCCCUCCAGUCCCGGGGGCGCCAAGAGGAGGCGCACCUAGACCCAUGGGAUGGGGGGGGGGGGGGGGGGGCAGACCAGGCCUGGCUCCUACACACCAGGACGGACCAGGACGGACCAGGGAGCACCCUUAGGCCAGACUGUCCCAUCAGAGGCUUCUCCAUGCUACACCUCCCACCCCCAUCCUCGGUGCUCCAGGACCAGGACAGACACCGUCUACAGCUCUAGUUUGGCUUCUAGUUAAACCGGCACAGUUAAUCCCACAACAGCUAAUGCAGGACUGCUGGCUCUUCCGUAUAUAAUUCCAGUGCAUCCGUGGUGUGUACCACCAGCUGGUGGCUGGCUGUCAGAGAGGAGCGACGUAGAGGAGACACCCGAUGUAGUCAGAUCUCUGGAGCUGUUUGUAUGUUGUUCCAUGGUUGUCGAUCUAGUCGGCAUGGUCCUUCAGACCCCAGAGAGGUUCCCCCCUGUCUGAAGGCUCUGCGUGUCUCAUGUUUUGUGUUGUUCGCCGUGUGUCUUGUCGACAGACGUUAGAACAGAAAGGUGCGUGGUAAGGUUAGUCUCAGUCUGUUUUGAAUUUGACUUUUUUUUUUUGUUUUUUUUUUGCAUUUGUCGUCUAUUUAUUUUACGUGUUUCAUUUUGAAUGUUAAUAAAUCAGGUUUUUUGGCUA